UGGAGGUAUACAAAUAGGUGGAUGGCCAUCGGCCGGCAAUUCCGCUUUAUGCACACAGGAGACCGGAUUUCACGCUGGCCAGCUCACGAAUGGAUCUCGGCGCGGGUGGCAUCAGCCUGCAAGUCACAUACACGUUUCCCAAUGGCACCGUGGCCGUCAACGGCACCCUGAUCCUGACCCCGUACACCGAUAAAGCGGACAUACCCUGCACGUCCGAUUGGGAUUGUCGCAAGUUCAAAAGCAAGUGCGUCAGACCCCCUCUUGGCAGGUGCAGGUGCCCCAGAGGAAGCAAGUUCGAAAAGCAUCGAGGCCUCUGCCAGAUAAAAUGCUCCAAUAAGAACGACUGCAUGGGCUACCUGGGCGCUACCAGCCAGUGUUUCUUGAACAAAUGCACCUGCAUAAGCGGCUCUUACCUUCUCUUCGGUCAAUGCUCUUUCCCUGUUGAAUGCACAGCAAAAUCUUGCGCUGGUGGAGCCAUAUGCGAAAACUGGAGGUGCGUAUGUCCGACAGGAACCCUGGGUGUCAAAGGAAGCUGCAUCCCUGUCCCAUGCGUAAACAACUCGGACUGCGGCCUUUGGCUUCACAUGGAAUGUGCACGUGCCCGGCCAGGGUCACAGGACAAGAUCUGCCGGUGCGCCAACGGCACGGCCCUGCUACAAGGAUCAUGCAACCCAACAACCAACCUGGGUCCCUGUCCGUACGGUCGUUGCAAGACGGAGUACUCGGAAUGCGACCCAUCGACAUCCACCUGUUUCUGCAACAAAGGCUACGAGCUGCGCAUCUACGGCACCGAAUGGGUCUGCGAAAAGAAAGAUACGCAAACCGUGGACCGUGUUUGCAUGGACGCUAGCCAGUGCUACAAAAGGGAGAUCUGCGAAGACAACCUGUGCAGGUGUCCCAAAGGCACGGACCUAAAGAACCUGGAGUGUGUCGAGAUCAAACUGCCAAAGGUGCGGACCAACCUGACCCUCUUCCUUUGGCUCUCGGUGGCGAUGAUGGCGCUGAUCGUCAUUAUCCUGUCGUUCGGCUGCUGCCUCUACCUGCUGGCACAGCGGGCCGAGAACGAGCAGAACGCCAUCGCGCAGAUGUUCGACGUCAGCGAGGACUUCUCCAUCAAGGGCACCGCGUGACGACCAGAGCACCGGGCCUGUUCUUUUGUGUGACUUGGAUCACGUCUUCUUCACUUUUUUUUUGACACACUGACUGAUCACGUGACGAGAAACGUACCGACGAGAACUAAUCGUCGACAAUCGCAUCUUGAUUUUUUUUUCCUGUUCGUCCGACAGUGCGUGACCCCUGUUUUUCAGAUUUGUGGUAUCUUUCAGUGCUCUCGCCUUUCUUUAUUCGCCAUGUAGACAUAGUUUGUGCAAUCUUAUAUUCGCGCCACAGCCAAAAAAGA